AAAAUAAGACACGGAGUACACUAAAAUCCUAUAGCUCUGUUACCUCUCGUGAGAGAGCGUCAGGGAGAAUAUGACGGCGAACCAAACGUUAGAAGAACUCACAUCACACGCUGUGGCCAUCAGGUUACCAGUUCGAAUUUUUAUUGGAAUCGUGGCCGUUCUUGGAGUGAUUGGCAAUGGACACGUGUUGUACCUGUAUUACACGCGCUAUAAAAGCUCCACCUAUCGGUGGUUUGUUCUGUCCCUCGCCAUCAUUGAUUUGACCGGAUGUUGUAUUUCUAUGCCGUUUGAAAUUGUGGACGAAUCAUUACCAUAUUCAUUUAGUGAUCCAAUCUCGUGUAAGAUUUUCCGGUAUGUGAAUUACUGUGUAGCAUUGGCGUGUGCCUUCACACUAUUACUUAUAGCAUCAGAACGAUACAGGAAAAUAUGUAAGCCUUAUGAAAACCAAAUGAGUGAAACACGAGCCAAAAAAUAUGUGGUAGCUGUUAUUGUCACAACAUUAGUUAUUUCUCUGCCUGUUCUUUAUAUUUAUGGACCUAAAACAAUUGAAAUAAAUGAAAUUUAUGAAGGGAAAGAGUGCACGUGGGGAGACCACAUGGUUGACCAUUCGACGUUCGGGUACGCCUACGCUGGUUUCUUAACUCUGCUUAUUGUCGUCUGCAUGAUUUGUUUAACAGUUAUAUAUUCUAUCAUUGGUUACACACUGCAAAAACAUGAACGUCAAAUCAGAGCAAGGCUAGAUAAAAAUCACCGUAAUUCAGUGAAAUUAAAUCGUGCAUGUUGCUCCUCGAGUGACCUGUUAGAAACGAACUCUUCCCUACAACAGAACGUUCGUCUGUCUCACAGCUGCGAACAAUUACCUGAUUCACCAGAAGUACAUCGUAAAAAGUUUGAUUUUCUUCAGAAAACACCAAUUAAAUUUUUGUUGGAAAGUGACACAGAAGCAUCUGCAAAAUGUAAGAAACAACAAAACAAUCAUAACAGCGGGAAGCUAGAAGAAACAAGGAAGGAAGGAUUGGCAAAAAAUGAGGAAAGUAUAAACAGUUUAAACCACUCCAAAGUAAAUGCAACAAAUGAUAGGAGUCAUUUGGCAAGCAAUUCUGAUGCGAAAUCCUCCAUAAAAACCAAGCAAGCUCCCGCACGUAUUCCUGGAAUAAAAAGGAACUUUGACUUAAAAACCCUCGGCAGGACUUUCCCCGUGGAGAGAAAAGAGAGGAAGAUAACAAAAGUCCUUGUUGCCAUAACACUAUUGUUUAUUGCCAGUUUUCUUCCGUAUGUUAUCGUUGUCAUUGUAUUUUUCAUAAACCCGGAAUACGAAAACAAUAUGACGUCAUCACAACUUGUGCUCUAUCUUCUUGGAUUCAGAUUAUAUAACAUCAACAAUAUGGCGAAUCCGAUAUUUUAUUUCCUAUUUGACUCCAAAUUUCGUGAAGAAUUUUUGUCUUUGUAUCAGCCUCUCUGUAGAAGUAGGAGAACUAAGUCAUUGUCACAUGUGUAAAUAGUGCGUAACCAAGCUAUAAAACUGAGUUUAUCAUUUUGGCAUACAGGAUUUAUGUGUUCGAAUUUACGAGCAUGCACCCUGGAAUAAUUUUAUACAAAUAUGCAUUUUUUUUUAAUUUUAAAAAUCUUUAAUGUCACAAUACCAGUUUGGUCUAGAUGAAAACUACACGAUAAAAUGGAAAUUUAA